AUGUGGCAGAGCACAGUCCCUUUGUCCUUGCUUAGUGCAGUAGCCCUGCAGAAGCAGAGCUUUACAUGCUUUUAUAACAAUGCUCAGCUGGUGGCCUAGGAUAUUGUGUUCUGCUGCUGCCUCCUGUCACACAUGCUGUCCAUCUGCUGUCAUUUGUCCUGUCACUGUGUACAGCCUUCAAACUCCACUAUAAAAGCCACUAAUUUACUAACUUACAUAUGGCCUAAAAAAACUUCACAGUGCACCUUUCACCAUACAGUGUCACAACAGGAUUUACUGCAGGAUUCACUGCAGGACUCAAACCUGCAAUUUCUGCAACUAAGCAAUGACCUCAGCUUUCCUGAAUGCUGCCUCAUCUGUGCAAAAACCUUCCUGCCCAGGUUUGUGUGCAAGAGUUUUGUCAGGAAAGAUUUUGCCCCUUUGAUUACUCAGGAGGAGAAAACCUUCCCCUGGUUUGAUUUGACAGCUGUGCCACUGAGAAAGUCUCUCUUUAGCCAGCUGCUAGAAAAAGAGCUUGUCUGGUGCCAUCUGAUGCCUGGUCCUCUACUGUACCAGCCACCUUCUGGAGACUGUCCUAUAAAGCAACGUGGGCUGGUCAGCACCAAGACAUCUCUCACUUCAGGUGUAGUGGAGCCUAGUGUGAUACUGGAUGACAAGUCUCCGUUCUCCACAGCUGCUUCCAAUGGUUUCUCAGAAAUCCCACAGGAAAAUGCUGAGUAUGAUUCUAAAUCUUCAUAAACCAUAAUGAGCCUAUGAGGAAUGCUUUGUUGAGUUCUCAAGUUCUCAUCCCAGCCCCUUCAUGGGAUUAAGCCAUGCAAAAACCAGCACUGUUGAAUCUCAGAUUCUUUAAACUAUUCCAGCCAAUAACCCUAUGUACACAUUUUCUUCUAUUUCAAACUUGCUUAUCCCUGGUUGCCUGCGCUUUUCUAUUGUUUGGGGUUUUUUUGUCUGAAUUUGCUUAAUACAUAGUCUUGCCCUAUGAACUGCUUCAGUUUCAUUUGGUUUCUACUGCCGCUUCAAUACAAAACUGAAUUACAAAACCAAAUUACAGUUAUUGUAAUAACCAGUAGUGGCUCCAGCUUUGGUUUAAACAAACUAAAACAGGAUCAGAUCCAGUCUUUUUUUGUUGUAUUUUUUUAUUCCCCAUGGGGGAUCUUGAGAAAGCCAUUGUAUCCUGACAACAUACUAGUGAUUUAGUCAGGAGUGCUCUUUCUGUUGAGCCAGGCUUUCAUCAGCACUUCCUUCUACUUCCUUGCUGGUGAUAAUGCAUUCCACCCUCACCACCACAGACUAUAUGAUAUGUCCUUCAAGAAAAAAAAGGAGGUAACUGGAUUCUCUGUCCAAAUCCACCUGGGACAAAGCAAUUCUUAUUCCCUAAAUUCUCUAGUUUACUGUUCUUUUGUACUUUCUGCCACCACCUUUCGUGUUUCAGUACUGUUUACCAUGAUAAAACGCUGCCUGCCUUGUUUUGCUUCACAGGAAACAAUUUCUUUGGUGAGGCCAAAGAUUAGUUAUGCAUGUUGCACUUAGACCCCUCACUUAAUUAUGAUUGCUGACAGCAGCUGUUGCCACACAGUUAUUACCACAGUUAAUACCAGUUAUUGUAUAUGCAAUUUAUUUUACAACUGGUAUUAGAGCAAGCCCAGUCUGUAGACACUGAAGCCUGGGAGAAAUCUAUUCACUUGAGCAUCUGGGAAGUUCUUAUCAAUCACUUGUGCCUAAAAUAUGUCAAUGAUUGUUUUUUGGUCUUUUUUAAUCAACUGUGACACAGAAGUGAAAGACAGACAAUGGUAGAGUCUGAUCUACAACCUCCACUUCACUUAGUUCCUGUAAGCAAAUGAAGAAUUGCAGAAAAGAGACAAUGUGAGAAUGGGUUUGAUGUAAUAAAAUGUCUAAGAGUUGCA